AAUUCUGGUUACUUAAACUAUCUUGUUUCUUUGCACAUUUUAUACAAAUUUCAAAGAAGAACUACAUUGAAUAUGGGCUCUGCUUAGCAUUGAAUAUCUUUCACUACCUUCAUUUUAGUUAUUAUAUUUUUAUUCAGCACAGGAAUGAAGCAGACUGUAUUGACCGGAUUAUAAACGAGAAAUUUCAAAUUCUGCACCACACAGUUUCAGCUAAUGAGAAGUAUUUAGUGGGAAUUGAAUCUCGUACUGGUGGAGUGGAAUCAUUGUUGAAAGUUGGAUUAGGUGUUGUUCGUUUUGUGGGAAUAUGGGGGAUGGGUGGCGUGGGGAAGACAACAGUUGCAAGAAAAAUCUUUGACAAUAUUUCUAAUCAGUUUCAAGGGUCUUGUUUUCUUGCAAAUGUUAGAGAAGAUUCAAAGAAGUAUGGGAUGAAACACUUGCAAAAGACACUUCUUUCAAGAACCUUAAACGAAAAAUCUACGAAUAUAGCAAGUUUUUAUAAAGGAGCCGACAUGAUAAAAAGAAAUCUAUGUCUCAGGAAGGUUUUAAUUGUUUUUGAUGAUGUGGAUGAUGACCACCAGUUGAAGUAUUUAGUUGGAAAGCAUGAUUGGUAUGGUGACGACAGUAGAAUCAUUACAACAACCAGAAAUGCAGAUUUACUUUGUCACCACGACGAGUUAUAUUCUGUCCCUGAAUUGGCUGAAUGUGAGGCUCUUGAACUUUUUAGUUGGCACGCCUUUCGGAAAAGGACUCCGGAUAAAGAGUUUUUAAAACUCUCUCAGUCUGUAGUAGAUUAUACUAAAGGCUUACCUUUAGCUCUCACGAUCUUGGGUUCUUUUCUCUACAAACGAGGCAUAACUGAGUGGAGAAGCGCAUUGGAUAGACUCAAAGAUAUUGGAUACGAAGAAAUCGUUAAGCAGCUCAGCUUAAGUGUAGAUGGAUUGGCCUAUGAAGACAAGAAUAUAUUUCUUGAUAUUGCAUGCUUCUUCAGGGGGAAACAGAGAGAUGAUGUGAUAACAAUACUAAAUAGUUUUGGUUUCAAAUCAGAGAUUGGAAUGGAUGUCCUUACUAAAAAGUCACUUCUUUAUAUUUCGGAAGGAAUGGUUGAGAUGCAUGAUUUGAUAGAACAAAUGGGUCAGCAAGUGGCACAUGAUGUUGAUCAGGACAGACCAUGGAAUCAUAGUCGAAUUGUAGUAACUCUGAAUGUGCAUGUUCCUGCUCCUGCUUUUCAGAUCUCUAAUAUUGUUAUUUGUCUAAGAACUAAUUUGACUGAUGUCAUUUGUUAUGAACCAGUUUCUGACACUAUCGAAUAUCUCCCAAGUGGCUUGAAAUGGCUUGAUUGGUCUUACUACAGUUCUGAAUCUUUACCAGCAAGUUUUCAACCACGAAACCUUGUUGGGCUCAACAUGACUUUUAGUUCUCUUGUUGAAAUUUGCAAGGAACCAAAGGCAUUUGACGAGUUGACAGUUCUCAAUUUAAGUUUUUCAGAACAUUUACUCCGAGCACCCAAUUUUUCUGAUAUUCCAAAUCUGCAGAGGAUUGUACUGAAAAGUUGUUUAAGUUUGGUUGAGGUUCAUCCAUCCAUUGGCAAUCUCAAAAAGCUUAUUUCUCUGAAUAUGAAGAACUGUAAAAAUCUCAAGUUUUUACUGUGCAGUAUUCAAAUGGAAUCUCUUGAGAGCCUCAACCUGUCUGGUUGUGAGAAAUUAGAAGCUCUUCCAGAAUUUCAGGGGAAUAUGGAAUUUGCUAUCAGAGCUUCUUUUGGGAUGUAUUGCAAUUCAGGAACUUCCAUCAUCAAUAGGACGGCUAUUUGGCAUCAGCUUAUGAGAAAACCGAAAGUUUUGAUUCUUAAAGGCUGCUCAAAUCUGGCAACAUUUCCAGAAAGCCUGGGUGAUCUAGAAGAGUUGGAGGAGCUCUAUGCUGGAAACACUGCCAUUUGGCGACUACCAGAUUCUACGGAAAAGUUAAGCAAACUUAAAAUCCUUUCAUUAAAAAGUAGACGGGAGAUAAAGUCUCAAUUUGCUACAGGUAUGAUAUUCCCUCCUGCACUUCAUGGUUUGAAGGAAUUGAAAAGUUUGGAUCUCAGUGGAUGCAAUUUAUCUGGUGACCUUACGUGCUUGACUUCUUUAUUGGAACUUAACCUGAGCAGAAACAAGUUUAUUUCUCUACCUGAUAGCAUUAGUCGACUUCAUCGACUUCAGUAUCUCAACAUUACUCACUGUCAUGAACUUAAGAAACUUCCCAAACUUCCUCAAAGGAUAAAGGAAUUGUAUGCAGAAGAUUUUCUGGCCAAAGGAAGUAUUCUAGCUCUGUUGAUAUACCGUUCGUUGCAUUUGGUCUCAUUCACCAACUAUAGUUUUAACCAACAUUAUACAGAGAAGAGCACUGAUAACUCAGCUUUGGAUCAGAUUCUCAGGCUGUUUCUUUCAGACAGUAUAGGUGAUUGGAUGACUUACUCUAUUAUCUUUCCUGAACGUGCAAUUCCGACAUGGUUUAAACAUCAGAGUAUUGAGGAAAAAAUCUUGCUUAAACUGCCUCCGGAUUGGUAUGACAAUAGUUUCAAGGGCUUUGCUAUAUGCUGUGUCACUUGCAUGGGGGGAGGUUUCCAGGAUCCUGAUUCAGGGCUAUCAGGGAAGUAUGACCAUACUUUCAUCAACGCCAAAUUGAUAUGCAAUAAUCAUCCUGAAGAGCUUAAAGUGCUGGAGAAAGAAUGUAAAGUCAGUACCACGACUAGAAAUUAUAGCUGGUGUGUUUGCUUUGUCUACAUACCAUUGCAUUCUUUGCUGCAGUUGUCUGACACAGAAGUUAGAGAUUUUAACCAGUAUGGCCUAUUCGAGGCAUCUAUCCAAAGGAAAUUGACAAGACAAUGGGGAGUUCAUUUGAUUUACAAGAAGUUGAGUCAAGUCAAAACGAGAAUUGGUCGAUCAGAAACAAUUACAGUUGAAGAUAGGCAAUCAUUUAGAGAAAUGGUUCAAGCUUAUACCGGUUGCACAACUUUCGACCCCUAUCUAAGCGAUGACCCUAUGGCACCUGCGCUUGAGGCCCGACUGAAGUAGCUCCACAAGCCGGUGUCUUCAAGGGAUUACCAAGAGUUCAAAUUUAAGAUUGAUAUUGCACCAUCUGUAGUUCUGAAGGAAACCAUGACCAUAGCUAGCAUUUAAGGCUAGGAUUCUAGAGGAUUGACCUAACAUCAAGUGAGAGGAAAACAGAAGAAUCUAGAAUCAUCGCUUGGUUCUAUCUAUAGCUCACAUCAUUCUCUUUGUCAAAAGAAGUUGCAGGUUGCACAAACAAUUAGACACACACUUAAACAUGAAUUUCCUCAAAACUAAAUUGAUAUGCAAAGAUCACAUAGGAACUAAAUUAGUCACGGAGAAAAAAUGUAAAAUGGGCACAGCUUCAUGCAUUCACAGUUUCUAUAUGUGCAUUGCGUAUAUUCCAUUUUAUAGUGUGUGGCAGGGUUCUGAGAUGUGGAAAAUCACAAAUCCAAAUCUGUUUUGGUUGUUUGAGGCAUUGCAAAUGAUUGGGGAGUCAGUUUUGUCUAUGGAUAAUGUGAAGAAAUAUUUGGUACGGGGAAAAUCUUGUGACAUUUAUUUCAAGCAAUUUCUGGGAGUUCAAAGACCUUUUUUUAGAGAAUGUCACAGCUAGCAAUUUAAGAAGGGAAAAAGAGAAGGAAGAAGUUUGUAAUAAGUUAUUACUGAAAAUUACAAAAUUGUUUACUGUUAGCCGUCUUCAGUUUGGUCCACUUCCCUCUUAGCUUCACUAUCUUUUUUUUUUUUAUGACAAGGGAACCCGCAGCCGCUACUCUUUGGGUGCGCACAUGGUAAACCCCGCUCCUGUAUAACAGCCUGCAAACCACACAGGAGAGAUAAGCCUGCACUAGGCAAGCCAUGUGCUCUUAGCUUCACUAUUCUUCUUUUCCUCUGCAUGGUUUUUACAUAUUGAUAAGAAAAUGGAUGAAAGCUUGCAUCAGAGUCUGGGUGAAUUUGUUGUAAGCAUUUCUCGGGGGCAUCUUGGACCUUUUUAGAAUUUAGGCAGUAGCCUUGUGUAGUUGUGUGGGUAAAUGCGGCAGAGACUAGAGACUUAGAGUUAUCAUUUACAAUACAUGCUAUGCCAUGUUAUUUGCUGGAAAGUGGAUGAGCAGUAACAGAUUUUAUGUCUUCUCUGUCAUAGAGGUUUUUUUGUAUGUUCUCAACAUCCAUAUGCCUUAAGACAUUAAUUAGCAACGUGUGGUGAUAGUUGAGAUAAAGUACAUAGCCAUAUUUCUCUAAAGAGUUAUGAGUUUAAUCUGAAAAACAUUUGCAGAACAUGUACUUUUGGUGGUGUAAUCCCCAGUCUUUGUUUCACUCUCUAUAUAUGUUUCAAUUAUGAUGCUAGGCUUCUGUGGUUGAUAUUGAUAAUAGUGUCUCCAGUGUGAGGAAUCUUUUUUCUUUUCUUUCAUGGUUUGCCAGUGCAUAAAGCCUACUGGCAGUGGAACAAGUUUUUCACACAAUUAGGUAUCAGUUCAAUUUUUACCUUCCCUUUUCUCUGAUCUCCUGAUGUAGCAAAAAGUAUUUCUACAGCAACCAAAUUUUCUUAUUCUAAAUUAC